GGGCAACUCUAGUUUUUAGUGACAAGUGAAAUUGGUGAAUCGCAUCAAUAGAUAAAUAUUUUAUUAUUUUACAAAAAUGUCGUUUUUUGGUGUAGGGAAUCCCUUUUCUACGCCGGUGGGUCAAAAAAUUGAACAAGCCACAGAUGGCGCAUUACCAUCCGAAAAUUGGGCUCUGAACAUGGAAAUAUGCGAUAUAAUAAACAGCAGUACGGACGGACCUAAAGAUGCCAUUAAAGCAAUAAGAAAAAGAUUGACUACAAGCGCUGGGAAGAACUACACAGUGGUGAUGUACACACUGACUGUCCUGGAAACAUGCGUUAAAAACUGUGGGAAGCCGUUCCAUGUUCUCGUCUGCAAUAAGGAAUUUAUAUCAGAGUUGGUAAAAUUGAUUGGCCCCAAAAAUGAUCCGCCGACGGUGGUGCAAGACAAAGUAUUGAGCCUCAUCCAAUGUUGGGCCGAUGCCUUCCAGAACCAAGCUGAAUUACAGGGAGUCGGUCAAGUGUACAACGAGCUUCGCACCAAAGGUGUUGAAUUUCCGAUGACCGACUUAGACGCCAUGGCCCCGAUUUUCACGCCACAGCGGAGUGUACCGGAUGGCGUCGAACAAGUUGGUUCCCCUCAGCGCUCCGUCUUGCCGCAGAACUCUCCUAGCAGGACCACUCCGGAGCAGAUCACUACUCAGGUGACGCUGAGCGACAGUCAGACCAACAAGCUGCGCGCCGACCUCGCCGUGGUGGAGGGGAACAUGGCCGUCAUGAACGACAUGCUCAACGAGCUCACCGCCCGGCCGCAAGCAACGCGACACGACAGCGACGUCGAACUUCUGAACGAGCUGGCGGACACGCUGCGUGCCAUGCAGAGCCGCGUCGCCGAGCUCAUAGCGCGCGUGGCGGCCGACGGCGCGCUCACCGCCGAGCUGCUGCACGCCAACGACCGCCUGCACAACCUGCUGCUGCGCCACGCGCGCUUCCUCAACAAUAGGUCUGCAGCGGCGGCGGGCGCGGGGCCCACUCCGUCCGCCAUCCUCGGCGCCGCCAUGGGCGUGCCCGGCGCGGCGCCUACGUCACCAAAGAAACAAGAGGAUGACGCCUUGAUCGACCUAAGCGACGACGUCCCUGAUAUUGCGAAGCUGAGCGUAACGGAUACUCAAGCAGAAAAGUCUCCGAGCAGCUCGAAGGAUGAAUUCGACAUGUUCGCUCAAUCGAGGAACAUCACUUAUGAAACCUCGAAGACAGGUACCAGCAGCUACGCCGAUAACUUAGAAGACCAAACCACGACGAGCUUGGCCUCCGCCGCCAGCCACCGAGCCACACAGGGCCAACCUCUGCCGACGGAAAUCGAUGAGAGGGAGAUAGACGAGAUAUCUGCCUGGCUGGCGCAGGAGAAGGCGGCUUCCGAGAGCGUCCACGAGAGUGUGACCAGCAGCGACUUCGACAAGUUUCUGGCGGAGCGUGCGGCCGCCGCCGAGCAACUGCCCGAUGUCAACGAGCGCAGCCCUAGGCACCGGCACAUCAACAAGGAAGACCAGGACUCCAGGUUCGCGCUCUGAUCCCACACGCUCCGGACGUAGCACAGCGACAUCUAAACCCAAUUUAAUCAAGCCCAAUAUCUCCCGCAGAGCUUCACCUUAGUUCGGGUCUACAAGGUUUUGUGGUUGGCCAGCUGUCGUCAACUUUUUGCCGUCGUGACUUUUAUAAUAUCCGACACGACAAAUAAAUCGUGUCUGAACGUUCGAUCGUAAAGGCCAACGACAAAACGGCAUAUGUAUAUAAAUGGAUCGGAAAGAUGCGUUCCCCUGUGACGACGUGUAUUCAUGUAGUACAUACAGGUCGUGACUUGUUUAUAUAAAGGGAAAUUAGAUGGUUACGACUUUUUAAUGUAGUAUCGACAGACUGUCAAGAUAAUGAAAAGAAUUAGAACAUCAGUCAUCCGACAUCAUAAUAAAAAAGUGGUAUGUGUGGGUUUACUCAACAGAUAAAAAAUUCAAAACAUAAAGAGGAUAGUUUCAGUAAUGAAAAUAGUUAUAAAAGACAAGAUGAUCAAACGAUUAACGUUUAAAAAAAACCGUUAGGGCACCAUGAGAACGCACCCUUACCGAUUGUGGAACGAGAAUAAACUGUUACCUUAAGUAUACAAAUGACAGUUUAUACAACUUAAGGAUAAAUACGUCUCUGCUUAGGAAGUUCAUUUCAGAACCCGCAAUGUAAAGCUAAGGUAGAUCGCUCCCCGCGUUCGUUCGAGGUCACAGACCUAACACGUCAUCUGAGAUUUUACCUUUACAUUACGUGCAAUGCUAAUUACUAUUGUAUUCAUUAGCUCUGCCAUCUGCCUUCUUUGGGUAUUGUAAUAGCUUGGACGUAUAAUCGACUUGACAGACAAGAAGUCUGGUAAUUGUAUUAUACAGUAGAGCAGGGGUGAGCAACCUUUUUAAUCAAUGGGCCAAUUUUAAUUUUAAUUUUUUUUUGGCGGGCCGCACAUAGAUUAACUCUAAUUACUAAUUUACGAAACUUACUAAAAAAA